CCACUUUACAUGAAGGACAUUUUAAUAAACCAUCCACCCUCCCGUUUACUGAAGAUGUUCAGCGUCUUCAUCAACAUCUUGAAAUGGUCGCUGAUUUAGCUUCUGACAACUUGAAGUAGACUGCAUCCACAAAAGUCUAUGGAGAACUGUGCAGAUCGACUCUUGCCAAAAUUAUUCUCUUCAAUCGAAGGCGUGGAGGAGAAGUUGCAAGGAUGCACUUAAAAAGUUUCUUAGAGAGGGACACAGCUCCUCUUCACAAAGAUGUUGCUGUUGGCCUUACAGCGUUUGAGCAGAAACUUUGUGCACACUUUAGUCGAGUAGAGAUUAGGGGUAAAAAGGAGCGUAAAGUGGCAGUAUUGCUAUCGCCAGACAUGGUCGAUGCUUUAACACUUCUCAUAAGCAAAAGACAAGAGUGUGGAGUUCCACAAGACAAUACAUUUCUUUUUGCAAGACCCAGCUGUUUGACUUCGUAUAGAGGACAAGACUGUCUCAGGAUUUACGCAGAUGAGUGUGGUGCUCAGAACCCUGAGCUCCUCCGGUCAACUCAGUUGCGAAAACAUGUUGCAACUUUAUCACAGGUCCUGAACUUAAAAAACCGUGAGUUGGAUCAAGUUGCAGACUUCUUGGGCCAUGAUAUACGUGUCCACAGAGAAUAUUACAGGCUUCCAGAGGCUACAACCCAGCUGGCCAAAAUUUCUAAACUUCUACUUGCCAUGGAGAAAGGUUCUCUUAGAAGUCUUCAAGGCAAAACACUAGAAGAAAUUGACAUUGAAGAAAACCUAGACUUAACCGAUUCAAAUCCAAGUGAUGACAGUGAUGCUGAGGAGACAGAUCAACUAACACAAAGUGAAAUUGCACUAAAGCGAGUAAGGCGACCUGUUGAGGAUCUUCCAGGCACCUCAGAUGGUAUGGGCAUUUAUCUCAUUUAACUAGCAUGUUUAGCAAGGUUUGAUUCAGUUCAUGUAGACCAAGCAGUGCCUACUGUAUGUUACAGUAUUUUAUUAUUCCUUUCAUA